CUUGCACUCCUCACUGUUGUCCUAUUCACCCUCCUAAAUAACCCCAUCUUUCAUAUACCCUUCGCAAUGGCCGAUUCCAGCGAGUCCCGGCCCGUCGCGCGGGUCACCAAGCCCGUCAGUGAGGCUCUGCUCAACGAGAAGUGGGACCGCGCUAUUUCCUCCGUGAUCAUCAAGUCUUCGCUCGGCCUGUCGUUCGGUGUUGUCUUCUCCGUUCUUCUGUUCAAGCGGAGGGCCUGGCCCGCCUGGGUCGGCCUCGGUUUCGGUGCUGGACGUGCUUGGGAAGAGGCUGAUGCUUCCUUCCGCCGCGGCGACUCGCCCGUCCGUGACGCUCUGCGCCGGUAGACCGUGCCACGGCUUAUCGUGUACGAUAUUUGUACAGGAGUCGGGAGAUGGGUGAAUGGGACCUAGAGAAGAAAGGAAUUCCGGAUCUGACCCAUGCUGCAACCUGACAGUGUGGACUGUUCGGGUGCCCUGCUCGGCAGUGUCUCCUUUCUCUUUAGCUUCAUGUCCUUCAAAUUCAAGAGUUAUUCCUUGAUAUGCAUUCAGCAAUAGACUACCUUCAAUU